UACGGGCUUAAGCCACUAUAAACUUGCUGCAGAUCAAAUACCAAUUGCUUGAUUGAUAUUAUAUAUCCUAAUAAUUUCCUCUUCCUUUGAAUCUCUCUCUUUCUCUCGUUUUAGCUUGAGAUUGAGAGAGAUCAGAAGAAGAAAAAAAAAAGAGAGAGAGAGCGAUGGCUGCAGCUUUGAGUUGGCUUCUUCAUUCAGCUUGCCAUGUUUUAUUGUACCCAAAGGUCGACUCAGACUCUAAUAGGGUGAUGGGCAACCCUAACCCUAGUAAUAAUAUUGAAGGCGAUCAUCAUCCUUCAGGCUCAGGCUCAGACUUAGGAGGAGGUCAUGUGAUGAAGAAGGUGGUUUCUAAUUACUCCAAUAAGAGUGCAGAAAUAAUGCAUCCUUCAGGUUCAGGCUCAGGAGGAUUUCAGAUGCCCCUUCAUUACCCUCGCUACACAAAGGCGGACUAUGAGAAGAUGGAGGAGUGGAAGGUGGACCUGCUCCUCAAGCAAUACGGGCUUGCUUUCCAAGGGACCCUUGAUCAAAAGAGGGCAUAUGCAAUCGGAGCAUUCUUGUGGCCUGAUCAGUACUGAUAUUAUCACUCAACAAUAUUUAUUUUCUUUAAUUAAUAAUUAGUUCGUUAUCUUCUAUUGUAAUAUUGGACACGUACGUACCUACCGAGUCACACAUUCGAUCGAUGAAUGGAUAUAUGUGUGAGCAUGGCGUACCUAUUAUGUAAGAAACGUAGGAUAAGAGGCUUCUGAUUAUGUGCAUUUGAUGUGUUUUGGUCUGUAA